GGUGGAUAUAUUCUUCCGUUUUACUAACCUUUCCACAGUGUUGAACGUGGUUGUGGGAGGGAGCGCACAUUAGUCGGGACUAAUAGCAACGAAUUCAGAAGGAGUAGCUGAAACAAGUUGAUUGUCGUCAUGGCUAAGAUUUCUUUAAUGUUCUUGCUCUCUCUUAUGAGACAACAAGAUCCCUCCCACAAAGCACAGAACUACCACUGGAGUUAUCUGGGAACGGAAGGUCCAUCAUCAUGGCAGAAACAUUAUGAACACUGUGCAGGGAAGAGACAGUCACCUAUAAACAUCGAUACCAAUACCGUAGUAUAUGACGAGACGUUACAAGACUUUGAUUUAUCGGAGUUUCAUCUUCUAAGGGGAUCUCAACAUCCUAUGAUAGUUAACGUCACCAACAAUGGUCAUUCUGCAAGUGCAAGAGUUCCUGGCGAGAUACAUUGUAGUGGUGGAGGAUUAUCGGGAGCAUAUAGAACAGCUGAGUUUCAUUUCCAUUGGGGUUCUAUUGAUAACCGAGGAUCUGAACAUGGAAUCAAUGGUCGCGUUUAUCCUUUAGAAAUGCACGUAGUUCAGUACGCAGUAAAAUAUGGUAGUCUUGCAAAGGCUAAGACAAAACCUGAUGGGUUAGCUGUAUUAGGUACUAUGUAUGAGAUUUCUGAACAAGAUAACCCGUCCUUUGAGCCAGUCGUUGCGGCCUUAAAAAAUAUCAAACACGAAGGCAAUGAAGACUCUAUAACUAAUCUAGACUUGAGAAACCUUUUACCUAAAGAUUCCAGUAAAUUCUACCGUUAUGAAGGCAGUUUAACCACACCGCCGUGCUUUGAAAGUGUUAUUUGGACCGUAUUUGCUAUACCCCAAAAGAUAUCAGCACCACAGCUUGCCGUACUACGAUCACUGUUUCUUGAGGCUCAUGGCGAUGCUGGGUUGAAACCGACUGAUGGCCACAGUCACACUGUUAAUGUCCAAAGUCAGCCUGGUAGUUCUACAACAAAUUCUGUUAAAUAUUUAGUAGAUAAUUUUCGCCCCUUUCAAGUUCUUAAUGGACGAGUGGUGAAGAAAAGCUUCAAAGAGUUACAUCCCAUCUCAAAUACUGCACCAACUACUAGUCUCACACAAGCAGAUAUCAAACAAGUUAACACAGCAAUGGAAUCGAGCCACCCUGUUGGCAGUUCACCCAGCAACAACAUAGGUAACUUCAAUCUUGAAAAUGGACACAAAACAAUAUUAUCCGGAGCGAAUGCUGUGCCAGGAUUUAACGCAGCUAGUGACACCAAGGCCGCGGCAACUCGUACACAGAUCUCGGUGCCUGAACAGCAGCUAACAUCAAUUAAACUUGGUAGUGCUAACGAGGCAAUCCGACAGUCUAAAGCUGGCCUCAGUUCAAUCGUCAAUGAGUCACCACCACCCGCCUCCACACCUCCUCCACAACCAACAACUCUCCAAACAACACAAGCAAUGGCAACGCAUAUCAACACUGUUAGCGAACCUACUGUGUCGAUACCACCGCGAGAAGUACCAAUCAACCCCAUUCGAUCACCAGCUUGGCUUCCGAAAGGAGCUGUUCCAGUACAGUCAAGUUCUACAUUUCCACCUUCUAACACCGCUAAUCUUCAGAUAACUGGACAAUUACCAUACGAACAGGCGCAACAACCACAAAAUAAUCAACCUAUACAAACACAAAUACCGAUCAGUACACCAAAAAUAACCCAAGAACAACAAAAACAAGUUCCAAAUGAUCAAUCUUAUCGGCAGCUACAACAAAAUCUCCAAGGUCAAUUUCCAUCAAAUGCUCAAUUCAGUUAUCAACCAGAGACUCAAGCACUGAUUCAACCCCAAACCCAGCAUCAAACUCAGACAAAUCAUCAACCCCAGCAAAAUCCGCAAAAGCACCAAUCGCAGCAACAGCAUCAACCCCAGUCACAGCCUCAAACCCAACACCAGGCACCACGACAAACACAACAACCACAGCCACAACAACCAACAAUAUACCAAUAUCAACGACAGGUACAACCAGCUGUUCAUACACAGACAAUAUAUAAACCAAAUAUAGCUCCACCAGCAAAUACAAAACAACAAACCCAACAUCAACCGAGUCAGUUUACCCAACCACAGCAGCAAGUAAGACCUCAGCAAGCAAUUAGAACUCAACCCCAACAACAUCAAAUUGUCUAUCAACCCCAACAACAACCUCCCCAACAACAACAACAGACUGUUUAUCAGCCCCAACAACAACAGACUGUUUAUCAGCCCCAACAACAACAUACUGUUUAUCAGCCCCAACAACAACAACCCCAACCACAAGCCUAUCAAGCCCAAACCCAUCAGGCUGUUUAUCAACCACAUCAGCAAGUUCAACAACAGGGUUUUCAACCCCAAUCUCCGCAACAAGUGGUUUAUCAUCCACCCCAGCCACAACGGGCAGCUGUGUAUGUACCGCAACCUCAGAAUCAAGGCUACAUCCAGGCCCAGACUCCACAAUAUGUUUACCAACCACAACAAAAACAAAGAAACGCCCAGCAAGUGUACGUUCCACAACAACAACCACCACCACAACCACAGUCACAGCCACAACCACAAUACGUGUACCAUGCACCAACUGUGCAACACUCGUACAAACCACAACCAAAUGCACAGAACACAUAUCAACCACAACAACCUAAGCUACAACGUCAGGUUUAUAAACCCCCACAACCAUUCUUCCCAGGACAAACUCGUCCAGCAUCACAAAUUAUAAAUCAACAUAACACAAACUAUGAUAGAGGAACAAUGGUCCAGUCUCUGAGGAGGGCUGAACCUGCAGGGGCCUCUACCCCUAACCCCUCUAGAACAGCUAAUGAAGAUUCGCCGUUUGUUGUGAUAAAGCCAAUACGGACGCCUGUUAGAGUGCGGACUGAAUACGCCCAAGGAAUGUAUAAUGGUCAUAAUGCCCCGAACUAUUCGCCUUUAGAUUCCGUUAUUCGUUCAGUGGGUUUAAAUUCCAUGACGAGUGAGAUACGUUAAGUCAAAUGUACAUUCAGCGUGAUUCAAGAGAAAUCUGACUCUGUCCCCCGAACAGAUAAAGCUGGAUCUUCAGCAGAAGAAGAGAACGUAGGAGCAUCAAAUCAGUAGUGUCUGAUAAUGUACUUAUCCUGGUGUAGCAUUAUUAGUGGUCUAAUUUAAUCCUGAAUUAUAUUAUACAGAUUUUGCCAUGUACACUUGUAAUUGAUGGAAGUGGAGAACUAUAGGCGGGUGUGUUUUAUUUGUUCGGUGUAAAAUACGUUUAAACGAACGUUAACGAAUACGAAGAAAAAAUGUGGAUAAUUUAUAAACUGAUAUGAACUAAUAUAUUAUCAGACUGACCACCGUGGUCCUAUGCUGUAAAUAUGUAAAUAUUCCC